UCUCAGCUGGGAAGGGUUGUGUGGGAUUCUAUGAUGAGAAAAUCUCAGACGUAUUGAAAAAAGCAAAACAAUAAAUAUGAGGAGUAGAAGCAACUCUGGGGUGAGGUUGGACUAUUACCACCGUAUAGUGUAUCGGACUAUCCUCAGGCAUCAGGAUGCAGUAACUGGACUAUUGCCAGCAACUCCAGAAAACCACCAUGCAUGGGUGCGUGAUAACCUUUACUCCAUAUUAGCUGUAUGGGGGUUAUCAAUGGCUUAUAAAAAGAAUGCAGACCUUGAUGAAGACAGAGCUAAAACCUAUGAACUUGAACAGAGUUGUGUUAAGUUAAUGCGUGGACUUCUGACAUGCAUGAUGCAACAGAAGGAUAAGGUUGAGCAGUUUAAACAUACUCAAGCGCCAAUUGAUUCUCUUCAUGCAAAGUAUUCAUCAAAGACUGGUCGAACUGUGGUGAGGGAUAAUGAGUGGGGUCACCUGCAGAUCGAUGCCACAUCUUUAUUCUUACUAGUUUUAGCACAAAUGACCGCUUCUGGAUUACAGAUAAUAUUCAACCUAGAUGAAGUUUCCUUCAUACAGAAUUUAGUCUUCUACAUUGAGUCAGCAUAUUGUAUUCCAGAUUAUGGUAUUUGGGAGCGAGGAGAUAAGACCAACCAUGGCCUUCCUGAGCUGAAUGCUUCUAGCAUUGGUCUUGCUAAAGCUGCACUCGAGGCCAUGAAUGAGCUUGAUUUGUUUGGUGCACGAGGUGGUCCAGCAAGUGUCAUUCAUGUGUUAGCUGAUGAGGCUCAGAAGUGCCAGGCUGUUCUGCAGUCAAUGCUUCCACGUGAGAGCAACAGUAAAGAGGUGGACAGCAGUCUUCUUGCUGUUGUCAGCUUCCCAGCAUUUGCUGUGGAUGAUCCUCUACUAAUUAAAACGACUAAGAUGACUAUACAGAAUAAGUUACAAGGACGUUAUGGGUGUAAGAGAUUCUUGAGGGAUGGUUAUAAGACAGCUAAAGAGGUAAGUUUGGUUAUGUGUAUAUUAGAGCAGAUGGUAGAGGCUGCAGAAAGUGUAGUAAUGGUUUCUGAGAUUGGUAAACACAGGGUAGCUUCUGACGCAGUGUAUGAGAACGUGGAUCUGGAGGAGCUGCUGCUGCAGAUGCGGGAGGCGGAGUCCCUGGAGGAACAAGGUGACAUCCUUCACUACCUGGUUGUGCAGUUUGGGCUGAAUCAUGAGACAGGGUCAGUGAUCGAAGGUCAGCCAGUGAGUGUGAAGGAUCUUCUCAAAGACCUGUAUGAGCGUGCAUGCCAUGCCAAGCACUGGGCACUUGUUCGGCACACUGCUGGCAUGCUAGGUAAGCGUGUAGAAGACUUGGCAAAGGCUGUCACUGAUCUUCUAGUACGGCAGAAGCAAGUAACAGUGGGCCUGCCACCACACAAUGAGGUGACCAUCACCGCACCUCUCCCCUCGUCUGAUUUGCGAAUGCUGAUCCAUGAGGCAUAUGGAGCGGAUGAAUCUACAGCAAUGUUGACUCAAGAGUUGCUGGUAUAUUUGGCAAUGUUCAUCCGCACUGAACCAAGCCUAUUCCUGGAGAUGCUGAGGCUGCGUGUGGGUCUCAUCAUUCAGGUCAUGGCUUCAGAAUUGGCACGAACCAUUAAAUGUGCUGCAGAUGUGGCAUCUGAUCACUUACUUAACCUCUCUCCCUUUGAGAUGAAGAACUUAUUGCAUCAUAUCAUGUCUGGAAAGGAAUUCAACAUUGGCUCAGUCUUACGCAAACGUGAAGGAUUGCUUGCUGAUGCUCGUAGUGGGACCUUCUUCAUUAGUAGCCGCUCCAGCAAGCUCAGUAGGGGAGGGUUGCAUGCCGAGAAGGGAGGGUUGCAUGCCGAGAAGAAAAGUGCAAUAGGUAGUUUCCUUGGUUCAACAACGGCAGAAGGAAAAUCGGAUGACAGUGAAAGUGAUCGAUACGGUCAGUGGCUGAGACGUCGCAGGUUAGAUGGAGCUCUCAACCGUGUUCCUCGCAACUUUUACCCCCGUAUUUGGAAGAUUCUAGAAAAGUGUCAUGGAAUCAACAUAGAAGGCAAAGUAAUACCACAGAGUCUUACUCAGGAGGUAUCUUCUCUUACGAUGACAGCAGGUGAAUUGAAGUUUGCACUAGAGGUUGAGACUGUACUCAAUACCAUCCCUCAGCCAGAAUAUAGACAGCUGGUUGUUGAGUUUUGUAUCAUGCAUCCGUCUGGCCCAGUAGGCCCACACACUCCCGCCCUGCACUCUCCAUAUUCGUCAGAUAACAGCAAACAGAUUAAGGAAGGGAAACCAAACUUUGAUGGUCUUGUCACUUGUUCAAGAAUACACAAUACAGAAAAUCUUGGAGAAUCUUGUGUCAGCUCAAACAUCGUACAUGUGGCUCACAACAUUUCUUAG